UGAGGAAGGAGGAGGAGAGGGUUGAGGAGGAGGAACAACGCGGGGAGGGGAGGUCUCGCGUACACGGCGCUCGCCUUUACACAUGCGCGGUGCCCCAGCUGUAGUCGAAGGCGAGGUAACAUCUGUCGCUCGCCUAUUGCGGAAGCCGUGUUCCGCAAGAUGGUAACAGAACAAGGGGUUGCCGACCAGUGGCAUAUUGACAGUGCUGGAACCUACGGGCAUGAAGCAGGGAGCCCAGCAGACUAUCGCUCACAAGCCUGCCUAAGAAAGCACAAGCUAUCCACAAACCACAUUGCUCGAGAGAUUACAAAGGAUGACUUCAAAACAUUUGAUUACAUAUUUUGUAUGGACGAAAGCAAUCUCAGAGAUCUGCAGCGAUCUGCUAAGAACGUGAGCAACUGCAAGGCCAAAAUAGAUUUGUUGGGGAAGUUUGAUCCUCAGAAGCAACUCAUCAUCAAGGACCCCUACUAUGGUGGCGAUGAAGGGUUUGAGGAAGUGUACCAGCAAUGUUUACGCUGCUGCAAGGCCUUUCUCAGCUCCGUGGCUUAGGAGUUGCACCAGCAGCAACACCACACGCACACACACAUUUCCUUGCUCUACGUAAUUUUACGGAAACAACAAAUAUGUAAAUCUGUGCUUUCAAACGAUUUGAUUUUCAUAUUUAAUUAUGUUGCAAGGUGUUACCGAGUCCAUGGAUAUGCAUUGUUUUCUGGUGAAACUUUUUUGGUUAAAUUGGUUAAACUGUGUCCAUAAUAGAAAAUUAAGAGAGCUUGGGCAGUCCACAUCACGAAAAGGAACGAUGGCCAAACCUCCAGAACAAUGGAAGCCAUUGUCAGGGAACACACCCGAUUUUAUUACAUGCAACAUUUGCAUUUAAAACAAUCCAUAACUACAUGUGCAAGCUUCUCAGUGUGGGGCAGAAUAGGGAUACUAUUUGAGUUUUUUUUUAACACCGCAUCUUCCUUGCGGACAACCCAAUGUAAACACCUUCAUAUGCCCCCCCUGCAAUUUUGUCCACUUUAAACACAUUUGGUUUGCAGCAGCUCCCUUAAGUUGUCCACGGUUUCCAGUGCAAAAAUCUCUUCCUCCACUGGGAAUCCUAUCUUUAUUGCUUAAAACUAAACAACACUUGGUACAUUCAUAUAUGAACAAACUGUCAUAACAUUUGCUUAUAAUAAGCUUAAAUCAAAAUGCAUAUUUUACUACAAUAUGCUGAAUAAAAGUAUUUCAACUGAAAA